AUGAUCCAACCAGGACCACCACAAGCUGAAGUCUUCAGAACAUGUCUCCUACUCUUGACCCAGGCGAAAGCUGGUCUACUACCACUCGCUUUCUGUUUGUCAAUCUGUGAAUUGGUAACAGCAAGUGUUCAUCUAUCGGACCUACGUGCAAAUCGAGCAACAAAAGCGGCAAGGGAAACGAGAAGUGGUGCACCCGGCUCGCAAUCAUCAAAAGCAUUGGAUGCUGAUCCUCCUUUGGCAAACAUAGACCGAGCGGCUCUGUAUGCGCUCGUCUGUCAUCUUUCCGACCACACACGCGGCAACUCUCUUCCUAGCAAAGAGAAUCAGUACGAGACUCGAUUGCCUGCACUGCCGAUGCAAUUGAGAGCUUUGGAGGUCUUAUCGUAUGAAGGAAGAGAUGUGGCAAGCUUUCCAGGCUUACUCGAAUUCCUUGGCGAUGGCCUAUUGACGAGUUGGGAGGAGUUGCAAGUCUUAAGAAGGAUAAGCUCAAGAGAGAUUGUUGAAGGAACAGCAAAAGAUAUCACGCCAGAGCAACACGAAGAGCAAACAAUAAUACUGGAACAGCUCACUUUGAGAGAAUGGACUGUGCUUUCAUCACUACACUUGAUUACGUCCAUCAUCAAAUUCUCCUUCUCAAAGCUCGAUCUUGGCAGUGUGGAAGAUGUAUUGACGCACGUUGCUGAUAUGAUGCACAAUUCUACAUCAAUUGCGCAUAAGCAACCUUCAAAAGGUCGAGGCGAGCAACAAGAGCGACGUGAAGUGCGAAAAGCUCGCUCCAAGUCCAAAGAACGUCGCCCGUUGACAGAGGGUUAUGAUUACUAUGGAUUGGAUACUUUGAAUCAAUCGGAUACACCAACUCCCAAUGCCACGCCUCUUGGAGGAAUGACCCCAAAAUUGGGACCAACAGUCAAUACGACAGCAGCGGGAACGAGCGUAGCUCCUAUAGCUCUGGCUACUGUACCUCCCGUUUCGUCGGUAGGUGCUGCUGCUGCCGCUGUGCUUGCAAAAUCUGAUUACAAAAGCGAAGAUACUCGACCGAUAUUACAAGAAACAGAUGUGCGAGCAGUGAUCAAAUUAAUCGAUUCCACCUUGCGAUUCGGCUUCAUGCCUCCUAGAAGUGUGAACGGUGUAACGAGUACCAUCUGUUGUAUUUUGGGACAUCACAUCGUUGCGCCGAACAAAGAGUCAGAUUGGUCAGAAUUGGCGAAUGGCGUGUUGGCCAAUCUAUUACGAAGUCAUUGUGCCAACGCCUCGAUUCGAUGUGCAAGACAGAUGUUAAUGGAGGAUCCGAAAGAGCACGAUCACGAAAUCACACUGUUGUGCGGUGCUGUGGAAUUCUUACGAGGAGCUUUAUUGCUGGUCGCGCAAGCCGAAGAACAAAGAGGUUCGAGUGCCGCACAAACACUCAAUACGAGCUCAAAAUCUGGCUCGUCAUCGAAAGAAGAUGCCCUGGCUCCAUACAUCACUGUUCCACUCCUCAUACCCGCACUUUCUGGAGCACUUCGCAGGCAUGCUGACGUACUAGAUAUACAAGUGUUGAAUCUUGUCUCGGAAAUGCUUCCCCUCAAGGACGGUCGUCAUAUAUUAGGCAGUCGGUUGACGCAAGAUGAUUGGGAUCUAUUACUGGAUUUGCCCGGAAUUGCAAAGCGCCAUCUACACGAUUUCCAUAACAAGCUGGGAAGGCAAGCACCUACAUCGCAAACAGAUCAAAUUGAAGCUUCAACUCCUGCUGUUAUUGAAGCCAUGCUCAACCUUGUUAGCCGGCUAAGGUUAUCCAACCUAAGAGCAGUCGAAGAAGGUAAAGAGAGUGGAAAAGAAUUACCUUGGACACCAAAGUUGGCCUCUUUGUUGCUUUCUCUAGCACCCUUUUUGUCGGACGAAAUUAUUGUCGACCUGGUGGAGUAUUACAAAGCGAGGCACCUGUGUUUGCCUUGUACGACAGAUUGGAUUCCCAACGUACGAUCGCUACUCAAUGCUCUCUUCCAUCGACAUGAGUUGUUGAGAAAUAUAAAGUCUCAAUCGUCCCGCGCAUCAGCAGAGAAGGAUGGAAACUUAGCACGCACAACGCUGGUCAAGUUCCUAUUUGAGCAUGUUUACGAAACUGUGCAAGAUCUUCCACAGCAUCGUUCUGCGUUAUUGCUUGGCGUCAUCUUACCUCUAGCACAAUCAGCCUUGGCAUCUGAAAGUGAUCCAUUCGUUGAGAAGACUAUGAGACAUGCUUUGAUCGACGCAGCUGUGACUGCUAUCAGUACAACUGGUGCCGCUGCUUCACAAUAUGACGAAGAGAAUGCAAGUGCAACAGGCAGCGUAGAGAAUGUUGGCUCGAAUGCGAUUGACGAAGAAUCAAGCGGGGAUGCGAUCUUUAAUGAAAUCAUCGGACUACAUGAGAAGUUGGCUCGAUCUGACACGUCAAAUGAUCAUAACGUCUUUGAAGUUCCCACACCCACUAAUCAAAAGACGGCAGCUGCAAUGGACGCAUCGGUCAGUAUCAAAAAGUCAAAGGCUAUACAAUCUUCUUUGGACUUGAUUGCUAUCUUUCAGCGACUUGCAUUUUCCUCGCCAUGGGUCUUGUUACCAACAUCUUCAAGAAUAAAGAAACAAAGCGAAAAGGCACAAAGGUUGGCAUGGGAAAAGCGUGCUCGAACUGCUUCACUCGCUAUUUUCCGUAUCUUGCUUGAUCUGAUCAAACCUGCCACUUCCGCAAAUAGUGCUACUGGCGCUACGCAAACAGGCACCGUAGCUUCUGUAUCUACACCAUCAACUGCAGUCCGACUGGCAAUCAUGCAAUGGCUCGUUCGCUUACGGACAGACAGGGAACAUCGGAUCUACAUCGUAGGAGAUUUGCAGGAUCUUAUUGCACCUGCUGCCAACACUCUAAGACGCGGUCCGUUGGCUCCCUCAAAUGAAGCGGAAGUAGAAGCUACGCCAUCUACAACAGAAGCAAACGGAUCAGAUAGAACACGUUCGACUACUCGUCGUGACACAAAUGCUACUCGUGAUGGUGGACGUGAUCCUAAUAGAAGUAGGUCUGCUGCCGAACGUUCUGCUUCACGUAUAAGAGAGGUUUCGCGUGAGCGUGAACAAGGAAGGCGGGAACAACCCCCAGGCUACAAUAACGAGAAUGCGAGCGGUGCAUUCCGUUUACGCAGUCCUAGUCGAACUCGCAAUCCGGUAAACGCUGAGCCAUUAUGGCGUCUGCCCGAACAACUCUUGUUUGACGUUCCUCCGAUCGGAUGGCGGAGCGAUGUUGUGUUCACAUAUAUGCACCCUGAAACUGACAGAGACGCUCAUCAUCACCAUCAUCAUCGGUAUGCUUCCAUGGAAGAAGGAGGCGCAGCUCCAAUUCCGAUGCCGAUUUCAGAAUAUUUGGCAACUUGUAUCAAUCUAUUGACCCUGGACAAAGAGUGGGAUCUGAUUUCCUACCUUUUAAGUCAUCUUCCGCAUCAAUUGGCUAACAAGCAUUUGGUCUGUGGCCCAAAGGCACAGAAGCAAGUAUUGGCGUUGCGACAGAUCUUGACAAGUCAAAUCUUGGAUCAAAAGUUCAUCAACCAAGUAUCUUUGCCUGAUGAUGUCAAAAAGUCAGAUGUAUAUGCAGUAGCCUAUGGUACACUGGCAACUCUUAUCAGCUAUCGUGCCCUAUUCAGUAGAUCGCAACAAGAUGAGCUCGUAGAAGCUUUCAUGGCAGGUCUCAACAAAUCUUCCAAUACUGCUCAACCUUGCAUUCGCGCUUUGACCGUCGCUUGUUACGAAUUGCAAAAGAGUAUCAAUCGACAUUUACCCAAAAUGUUGGUCAAGAUGACAACGGUGAUGUCGUCCAGUACAAUGAGUGUUCACAUCCUGGAAAUGAUUGCUGCUAUCGGUAACUUGCCAAGUCUUUAUGCCAAUUUCACAGAAACCGAUUAUAGGCGCAUUUUUGGAAUUGCAUUGCAAUACAUUCAGUAUCACAAUCAACGAAGUGCCGAAGAGGAUGCCCGAUCAAGCGCAACCGCCUUUACUUUAUCGCAAUAUGUGAUCAUGUUGGCGUACUACAAUAUCUCUUUAUGGUUCUUGAUUGUCAAAUUACCUGAUCGUAUCAAAUACGUGGAAAGUAUUCGAAAAGGUUUACUGCUUGCCAAUGAAGGACGGACAAGGGUAGCCGAUCAAACAGAAGUUUGCUUUGAUUUCUUGGCUCGCUACACGCACAGCAAUGCAGAACCAAGACCUCAGCAAUCAUUCCUCAACCACAUCGUCAAAGCGAAAGGGCAAGGUUUACAAAACACUGGAUCCGCUUUAACUUCAGGGCCAAGCGUCGCGAGCAAUUCGAACACGAAACACUUUUUGUAUGGAAAAGGCUUGCUCACCAUCUCUACUUUGGAUAAGAAUGGAUGGGCAGAGAUCUUGGUUCGAAGACCUUCUGGCACGAUGGGCUUGUUGUGCAAACUGGAAAAUGUCCCCAUCUCUCACUUGCCUGACGAAGAUGAAGAAGAAGUCGAUUUACCGGCAGCGAUGAUGAUGAACCGCAAUACAAAGCCAGAGAUAACAUCAUCUGACCACAAUUCCUUGGCUACCUGGGUACGAGAAAAGCUACAUGAGCAUGAAAUGCAAAGCAGUCAACGCCCUCUAGGGCCACCACGUCAUGAUAAAGCUCGAAGACCUAGAUCUAGCUCAUUCACUCUGGAUAAACGCAGUUCGCAAGCAAAACAUGGACUAUUGCAACCAGAGUCUGAGGAAUUAAAAGCAACGAUGAAACGUGUACUGGCAGAUACAACUUCCGACGGUCAAGGUUUGACUCAAGGAACAAAUUCCGCCGUAAAAGCACGACCCGCAAAUACUCGCAACGAACACGCUUUCGAUCCUGGCUUCUUGGCUUUACAGCUAUCUGCUUAUCCAGAUGUAUCGCCUUCCAAUAAGCCUCCGCUUCUCCUACCAAAUGAGGCAUGGGUGCAAAGAAUGGUAAGAGCGGUUGAUUUGACACCCACUGUGGAUUUCCAUCGAAUUGGUGUCCUGUAUGUAGGAGCAGGUCAAAGAGCUGAAAAGGAGAUUCUGGCAAACCGCAAUGGCUCUAAUCGAUACGCUCAAUUCUUACGUGGCUUAGGAGAUCUGAUCACUUUACGUGGUCAAACAGCAGUCUAUACCGGUGGUCUGGAUACCCACAAUGACGAACAUGGCAAAUACGCAUACGUUUGGGGAGAUGACAUUAGUCAGAUCGUAUAUCAUACAACAACCUUGAUGCCAAAUGAUGAAGUGAACGAUCCAAUGUUUGCACGCAAGAAAGCCUUGAUCGGAAACGAUUGGGUUCGUAUCAUUUGGAACGAAUCUGGUCUAGAAUAUGAUCCUCAAACGAUUCGAACGCAAUUCAACUAUGUCAGCAUCGUGAUUUCGCCUAAUUCUCGCGGUGGUGCUGAAUUGGGUAGCGUGAAUGCAGUUGACACAAUCUUCUAUCGGGUCUCAUUGCAAUGCAUUGAAGGUUUGCCAAACUUUGCUCCCGUUGGAGAUGGUCAAUUGGUAUCUGCAGCAGUUUUGCCCAACUUUGUACGAAUUCUGGCUCUUCAUUGUAGUUUGGUCAGUCAAAUCUUUGUCGCUACUGGCGAUAGACAAAGUGGGCAAUCAUUCAAUUACACAUCAAAUUGGGUUUCAAGAUUACAGCACCUCGAACGUGCUCGAACAAAGAUUGAAUCCGAAACGGCAAAAGCUGCAACUUCUGAACCGGCUGCCGAUAAUACGCCGGCCAACGAGACUCGCAAUGAGGACGAAGAUACUCCUCGUGAAUCGGGCGGACAAGAUGAAUAUUUCAAGCCCGCACCCAAAGUGGUGAGCGCCAGUGAUGCAACUGCUUAUAACAUUUUACGAUUUUGAUGACGAUAUUUUUUGGCUCUAACGAUUGUACACCAUGCUCUUUUCAUUCUGCUUCUUGUUUGUAAUUGUACAGUACAAUAUAUGCUACAAUUUUUCUUCCAUCGAAUGAAAUGCAAUCAUUC